AUGGCAUACGAAGACGAGGAACAAACAUGGUUGAAAGUUGAACCCAAAUACUCUAGUAAAGUUCUCAUCGGAAACUGGCUGGAGGAGAGGAGAAGGUUUACAACAGACACCAGGGUGCCUGGCAGCAGCAUAUACAAAACGGACUUCAUCUGCUUCCCAGAUCACAAAGCAAACACAUUACUGAGGAGAGCCAUGGUGGAAAAAUACGAGGGGCUGCCGGCGCAGCACUUCCUCGCCCAUCAUGACGAACCGAGAAGCCGGCAUUUAGUAUCGGAGUAUGAUGACCAGUACAAUAGACACGGUUACAACCCCGCGCUGCCUCCCCUCCGCGUGUGGAACGGGCGCAAGCUUGCCUGGGUGCCUCAGAAAACAGAUUUCCCUAUUCUCGAACCACCCACCAACUAUGGCCUUCUGGAGCACCUGAUGAAGAAAUGGUUCGAGAAAGAAGCUGACGUGAUGAUCAGCGUCUACACCAUUUCCUACGGAAGACCACCCAGUUCUGCUUUUGCUACUUGCCCACCGAGGCAAACUCGUAACUCUUGUUCCACCUGGGGGUGUUUUCCCCACGUUAGUCCAAUCCUGGACUAUGAAGGGGGUCAGAAAUACCUGCAAGCCAUCAGCCAACUGGGGAGAGACAGCAAAGCAAGGGACACCUCUGUGUAA